AUGGCUGCAAAGAUGGGUGCUGUUGUCAAGCCAUCAGUCACUGCCGACACUGUGAUUUUCUCCGAUUACGAAGGCCUGAAAUCGCAUUGGCAAGAUGUACUCGCAAUGGAUGAAUGCCCCUCCGAUUAUGCAGCGCAGUAUCAACUCGAACCCAGAGGAACUACGCGUGUUACCCCAGACGACGUUCAGCCGGCUUCGAAGAGACAAAAGUCUGCGCAUUCCACAGCUGCAGUAGCCGGGCAUCUCGAUGAUGAAUGGCAGGCCAACUUUCGCUGGGUUGCUUCCCUUAUGUUACAGGAUAUGGUCUACCGCGCUGAGCUUUCGCUCAUGGAUACGUGA